AUGAGCAAUCCUAGUAGAGCUCAAGAACCAGCAAUACGUCUUCCUCCCACGAUUUCGCUCUGCAUUGAUGCACAGCGUCAACGUUUCCCAGGGUUGCUGCACAUGGUGCUAUCCAGGGCAUCUUCCGGUAUUGAUCCAGACACAGAAGCUAUUGUGUCCUUUCAGGAUCAUGGCCGGGCCUUCAGGAUCCACAACCAAGAGCAGUUCUGUGAAAGAGUGCUACCAGUUCUCUUCUUGGAAGCAAUGUCAUGGAAUGACUUCUUGGAGCAGCUCAGGCGAUUUGGUUUCCGGCGUCUAACCAAUGCUGGUCCGGAUCAAGGAGCCUUCUACCAUCUUCAUUUCUCGCAUCACCAACCACAGCUUGCAGAACACAUUGUGUACAAUGAGACGGAGAUUGCUCCCUUGGAUCGACCUGGUCCAAACUUGGCCUUGAUUCAUCCGACUCCCUAG